CGAACUCACUCGACGAUGUUUCUAAAAAAGAGAGAGUUUUGGGGUGGUCGUGCUCGCGGGCCCGCGCCGCCGGAGCUGCCUCCGCCGCCGGACGAGGCGUCGGCCGCUGCCACCGAGGCCUCGUCGGAGCUGGCCUCCUCUCUGGAGAACCGUCGCCUCUACAGAGAGGUCACACUGGCUCUCCGCACCGCCCUCCGCGACGCCACCGCCGAGUUCUCGUUCCUCCGCCUCCGAGGACUCCGGAACCUCCUCAAAUCCCUCCGAUCCAUUGCCGACUCCGACGAUGCCAUCCGCCUCUUCCGCCAGUCCCAGUCCCUUCACGAACUCCAAGGGAUUUAUGGGCAUGCAGUGAUUCCAGUUCUGUUUAACAAUAGUUUGCGGCAAUUGAAAGAUGAACCUGUGAUGAGGGUGGAUCAUAUAUUUGGUGUGGAGCCAAUGAAGAUCACUAGCCCAGCUACUGAUUCUGAGGUUGCCCUUGCUCUUAGAGUUUUGGAAGGAUGCUGUCUGCUGCAUAAGGAGAGCACUGUUUUAGCUCAUGAGCACGAUGCAAUUAAGGUGCUUGUUAAUAUACUAUCAACCCGAGGAACACUUGAGCAGGGUGCAUGCUUGGACGCUUUAAUAUCGUUAAUGCUGGAUUCUGUUGCCAACCAGAUGGAUUUUGAGGGAUGCUAUGGCAUCGAGAAAAUUGCAGAACUUGUGAAAGAUGAGGAAGGGGAUGAUAAUAUUAGGUUAAAAUGUGGGGAGUUUCUGCUGUUAUUAGCCGGACAAGUUAAGAGAAGGGAAAGAGCUCCUUUAGCAACCAUACACGAAGAUAUCAGGAAACUUCUCGGUGAGAAAUGCGCGUCUCUUGUUUGGGCAGUGGGUCAAUUCGGAUCAACUCUAGCCCCGGAAGACAGGCAAGUCGCACUGCAGAUUCAAGCUCGAAGAGUUCUCGAGUCAUUAACACUUCAUUGAAAAGGCACAUUCACAUAUUUUGAUUGUGCAUUGCCCUAACCAAUGAUAAGAUUUUCGCCAUCAGUUCCCCAUUGCCUACACAAUUUGAUUUAUAUUUCUUCAAAGCUGAUUGUGUUUGCCUUCAAAAGGUGAUCUAUUAUGAAUACAUACUCUAGUUGUACAGAACCUAGUUAUGUUAUAAAUGAAUAAUGAUUAUUUUUUCUCUAA